AUGACGGUCCAAGUUACUGUCGCCCGCAUAUCCUCGCUUGCGCUGAGGAUAUCCGCCAUCAUAUUCUUUCGAUUCUUUCCUGCUCAUUUCCCAACCGCUGUUUUCGCCGCCUUUGCCAUCUAUGUACCCGCCUACUUGGCUACGUACCGUGCAGGCCCAGAGCUCCAAGUAGCUGACGACGAAGUUAAUGUGGUUGUAAAAGAAACCACUCUUGCUCCCGCUGAUGGCAGUGGCACUCCCGUCGUCGUCGACCAAGUCGAUGUGCAAGAGAAUAUUAUCCUGGAGCCAAAGCCCGUCUCCAGCUGGAAAAUUCUCGCAUUUGGCGCCCCAAAUCCCCGCGAUCAGGUCUCCUCCAUCUUGACCUUCGUCAUCAACGGCAUCUUUGUUGCCCUCACAGCCGACGCCUUAUUCCGCGCGCGUGUUCUUUACCCUGCCGACGAUCUCUCCUUCGUCCGGUUGGGCUAUAUUUCCAAUGAAGAAGCCAAGAUGCUUCUUCGUGAGCCUGAUCAAGCGAAAAUGCCAGUCACUGUUGAGAUUCGCAUCGCUGAUCCCCAACCCCCGUUUGAAGACCCCAUCUGGCGCUUGGCUGGUGGGCUCCAAUCGACCAACAACGAGACUGAUUUUACGGGCAUUGUCAACAUUCCCUUGAAACAUAAAUACCCUCGCUGGUACGAGUAUCGGACCUCUAAUAACCACACUGGACGUUUUCUAUCUGCUCCACGACCUGGCCAACUUUCUGACAAAAUGGACGGCAAGUUUACUUUCUUGUCUACGUCGUGCAUUCUGCCGCGUUUUCCGUACAACCCUCUCGAUCACGCCUUGGCCAUCCCUGGUCUGCGCCAUCUUGCCGACAAGCUCCCUAGUCUCAGCGCUCAGUUUAUGUUGUUCCUUGGUGAUUUCAUCUACAUCGAUGUGCCGAACCGUUUUGGCAAGUCCAUUGCUGAGUACCGAAUGCAAUACCGCCAAGUCUAUGCUUCUCCGGACUGGGCACCUGUUGCCCAGAACUUGAGCUGGAUUCAUGUCCUUGAUGACCACGAAAUUUCCAACGACUGGGACGCCAGCGACACUGGGGUAUACCAGGCUGCAGUUCAACCUUGGGCCACCUACCAAGCGAAUGUGAACCCGCCAAAGGCUCUCAGUGCGGGCACUACCAACGUUCGGCGCCAAAAUGCCACUUGGUACACGUUUGCCCAAGGCCCGGCCAGCUUUUUCUUGAUGGAUACCCGCAGCUACCGCUCGCGCAACAAGGUACCUUUUGAAGACGAAGACAAGACCAUGCUUGGCGCUGAGCAGCUAGAGGACUUCCUCGCCUGGCUCGCACGCCCCGAGCCGCGCGGCAUCAAGUGGAAGAUUGUGGCCUCGUCUGUUCCCUUCACCAAAAACUGGCCCGUGAAUGUCCGGGACACUUGGGGCGGCUUCCUUGUUGAGCGACGCAGAAUACUCGAAGCCAUGUGGGAUGCUGGUUCUCGCGGUAUGGGUGUCCUCAUCCUUUCCGGCGAUCGCCACGAAUUUGCUGCUACCAAGUUUCCGCCCCCUAAAGAGUCCAAGUGGCCUGCUUCCGCUGCAGCGCACGAAAUUUCCACCAGUCCUCUCAACCAGUUUGCCUCUCCAUUCCCGACAUACAGGCAGACUGAUGAUGAGGAUAUCAAACUGAAGUAUAUCCCCGCCGGCUCCUCUAAAUUCGGCGCGUUUACUAUCGAGAACAUUGAUGGUGAAAGCUCACUUCAUUAUCAACUCUAUGUCGAUGGCAAGGAGGCGUGGAACACUACCCUCGUCGCCGCCAAGCCGGCGAGCAGCAGUUCUGGUUCUAUCUGGGACUUUCUCAAGUUUUAA